CGAAAAUACAUAAGCUGAUCUGUUGCAGGCUGGGCUCAGCGAGUCCUAACCUUAGAUGACUAGCCCUAAUGUUCUUGGCGACUGACGAGAACAGGCCUGCUGAUCGAGCCGAUACGGUCCGAUCACGCUCACGGUAAUAUCUAUUCACUGAUAUCAGCGGAACCGAUCUCUCAAUCUAGUUAAUGCUCUUGCCAAUCCAUAAUACUUCACAAUUCUGAUUCCAUUCGCGCCAAAUCUUCGAUCCGCAGAAUCAUUUCCUUCAACUUCGAUUUUUUUGUUUCUAUAUUUUGUUUGUUUGUAAUAACUAAGGCAAAGAUCCAAGUGCCAAUGGCGGCAGACGACGCGCCAUUGGAUGAUAAAGCGAAGAGAAUGAGAGAUCUGUUAUCGAGCUUUUACUCUCCGGAUCCUGCAAUGUUAUCUAGCAAUUCUUCAAAAGCUGCUUCUUUAGAUGCCAUCAACACCACCUCAUUCAACGCCGAUCAGUACAUGAAUCUCCUAUUGCAAAAAGCAAACUUGGAAGGGCUUUUACAGAAGCAUGUGGAAAUGGCAGCUGAGAUAAAGAAUCUCGACACUGAUUUGCAAAUGUUAGUAUAUGAAAAUUAUAACAAGUUCAUCAGUGCAACUGACACGAUCAAGAGGAUGAAAAAUAAUAUUGUGGGCAUGGAAACAAAUAUGGAGCAACUUCUUGAGAAAAUAAUGUCGGUGCAGUCAAGAAGUGAUGGUGUAAACUCUUCUCUUUUUGAAAAGAGAGAACAUAUAGAGAAAUUGCACCGCACUCGUAACCUUCUUCGUAAAGUUCAGUUCAUAUAUGAUCUACCAGUGAGACUUGGGAAAUGUAUUAAAUCAGAGGCAUAUGCUGAUGCAGUAAGGUUCUAUACUGGAGCAAUGCCGAUUUUUAAGGCAUAUGGAGAUUCAUCAUUCCAAGACUGUAAGCGAGCAUCUGAAGAAGCUAUGUCCACAGUUACAGUUAAUUUGCAGGGAAAGCUAUUUUCAGAUGCCGAAUCCAUACAAGCAAGGGCUGAGGCUGCAGUGCUUCUUAAGCAAUUGGAUUUUCCCGUGGACAGCUUGAAGGCUCAACUAUUUGAAAAGCUAGAACAAUCUCUUCAGGACCUUAAGCUUAAGACUGAAGCAGUAAGCAACACUUUGGAGAACUUUAAUGAUUCUUCAAAUCCUGCUAGCACAAAGGAUGCUUCCAUUCAUGAGUUUGCGGAGGCUAUCAAAGCUUAUCGAGUAAUAUUUCCGGAUUCGGAAGAGCAACUAAUUAAACUAUCCCAAGACUUGAUUAUCAAGCACUUUGAAAUUACUGAGCAAUAUAUAAAGGAGCAGAUAUCUGUUGCAAAGUUUCUGCAUGUUUUUCGAACUAUAUGGAGAGAUGUGCUCCUAUUGGAUGAAGUGUUGCAUGAGGCCUUUCUUCCUGAUUAUUCUUUGGAGGCUGCCCAUGGGGUUGUCAAGCAGUGUGUCGCAAGCACAUUUUCUCGCCUUCAGCAUGAUAUUUCAGAUGCCCUCACUGUCAAUGUUGGUAAUAAACAAGAGGGAGUGGAAGAGCAUCCCUUGCAGAUUGCCCUGGAGGCCAGUAAAAAUGCAGUGCUCAAAGGAAGCAUGGCUGUCUUAGUGGACUUCCGCCUUCUUCUUGAUGACAACUUAGGGUUACUUCUUAAACUGAGAGACUCAAUUAUUGAUUGGGUUCAAGAAGGAUUUCAGGACUUCUUCAGGGCAUUGGAUAAGCGUUUCCUCUUACUUUCAGGGAGAAAUAAGUCAUCCAGUCAAGACCAAGGUCUGACUGAAGGAAUGCCAGCUGAAAAAGUGCUUGCUGGUCUUGUCUUGGUGCUGGCUCAACUCUCUGUUUUUAUUGAACAAACUGCCAUCCCAAGAAUUACUGAGGAAAUAGCUUCUUCUUUCUCUGGAGGUGGUGUCCGAGGCUAUGAAAAUGGACCUGCCUUUGUUCCUGGUGAAAUUUGUAGACUAUUUCGAUCAGCUGGUGACAAGUUUCUACACCAUUAUAUAACAAUGAGAACUCAGAGAGUAUCAAUUCUCUUGAGGAAGAGAUUUAAAGCCCCAAAUUGGGUCAAGCACAAGGAGCCAAGAGAAGUUCAUAUGUUUGUCGAUUUAUUUCUUCAAGAGUUGGAAUCAACAGGUACUGAGGUCAAGCAGAUUUUACCUCAAGGAGUUCUUCGCAAGCAUCAUCGCUCUGAAAGCAAUGGAAGCACUGCUUCUUCUCGCAGCAAUCCAUUACGGGAGGAUAAAAUGAGUCGAACAAAUACCCAAAGGGCCAGGAGUCAGCUUUUAGAAACUCACCUAGCAAAAUUGUUCAAGCAAAAAGUUGAGAUUUUCACAAAAACCGAAUUUACACAGGAAUCCGUUGUAACUACUAUAGUAAAACUUUGCCUCAAAAGUAUGCAAGAAUUUGUUCGACUCCAGACCUUCAACAGGAGCGGAUUUCAGCAAAUACAGUUGGAUAUUCAGUUUUUAAGGGCUCCUUUAAAGGAAAUAGCUGAAGAUGAAGCAGCCAUUGACUUUUUGCUGGAUGAGGUGAUUGUUGGUGCGUCGGAACGUUGUCUUGAUCCUAUUCCUCUAGAGCCUCCCAUCUUGGACAAACUUAUACAAGCAAAGUUGGCCAAAAAGAAGGGACAGAAUGCAAUUUUACAUCCCCCUACUACUUCUUAGGAUUGUGUAGCUUGUACACUUGUUUGUAUAGGUGGGAUUACAUACAUGUUAAACACAACAACUUUUAAUCAGUUAGUUUAAGUUUUUGUUUUCUUUGUUCUUGGUGGACUAGGGGAUGGUGCGAGAUUGGUGUUUUUCUAGGUUGUGGGAACUUCAUGGCCAUUCUUGUCCUUUAUCGUUUGAAAAAAUCUUACCACUUCUCGUAACUCCCUGGUCUAUAUGUUUGAUUAUUCUGGUAUCAUUGGUCUUGAAAAGGCAUAUUCGUUUCUAGUUAAAUAAUGAACGAUCUAUCUGAUUAAAUUUC